ACAGUUUUUUGUGAACUUCAUCAUAAUUAUUAAGAAAAUUCAUCAUGCAAGUGUUUGUCGUUAUUGCUGCUCUUAUUGUGGCAAUCUCCGCUGGAUUGCAUGAAGAUUAUGAGGAAUGGAUCUCAUUCAAGGUUAAAUUCUCAAGAAAGUAUGGACCUGCAGAAGACAAAUCUAGAUUCCAAAUUUUUCAAAAGAAGCUUCGUGAGAUUGAACAGCAUAACGAGAAAUAUGCAAAGGGUGAGAUAGGAUGGAAGCAGGGGGUUACUCAAUUUACAGAUUGGACCGAAGAAGAGUUUGAAGCUAUUUUAGAUAAACAACUUGCUACAGAACCAGUACUUGAAGAUAGUUUAGGGGUUUACAAAGCUGAUCCAAAUGAACUAUUAGAAGCAUCUGUUGAUUGGAGAGAAAAGGGCGCAGUAUUACCUGUGAGGCAUCAGAGUAAACCUAGAGAUUGUGGAUCAUGCUGGGCAUUUAGUGCCGUUGGAGCCCUGGAGGGACAAGUAGCAAUCCACAAAAAACAAAAAAUCCCUUUGAGUCCACAAAACCUUGUCGACUGCACUAGGAAUUAUGGAAACAGAGGUUGUAGGGGUGGUUGGCCAGUGCGUUCUUUCCAAUAUAUACAAAAGGAGGGUAUCAGUUCCGAAGCAGAUUAUCCAUACGUGGCAAAAGAUGAGACUUGUAAGAAAAAUGCACGAAAAUCGAUUACUAGGAUUUCGGGAUACAAAAAGGUUAAUCCAACCGAAAAGGAUUUAAUUUCAGCGAUUUCUAAAAUUGGACCGAUAUCCGUUCUCGUUGGGGCCUCUCCUUGGACAAAUUAUGUUGGUGGCGUUUAUGAUAAUACAAAUUGUGGACAAAUUAACCACGCAGUUCUUGCUGUUGGAUACACUGAUGAGUAUAUUAUCGUCAAAAAUUCGUGGGGAACAGAAUGGGGAGAAGGUGGAUAUAUAAGGAUAGCAAGGGGAAAAAAUAUCUGUAGUAUUAACAAUCAAAAUUCUUAUCCCUUAUUGUAAAACUUAACUGUUAUCGUAAAGAUAUGAUGCAAAUUCGAGCAAAGUAACCAUUGCAUUGUUUAUAAAAGAUUAAAUUUUAAAUGUAAAAAAUAACGAUAUCUCAAAUAUCCCAGUAAAUAUAUGUAUAUCAUGAUCAAUA